UUACCCGGAUGUGCUGUGAUAACCCGGAUGUGUUUUGAUAACAACAUAGAUUAGCAUGUAGUAGACAGACUCGUCAGUUUGGCCAUGUACUACUGUUACAAUGACGUUUAUUUAAAUGCCGCACAAUUGUUUAGGAAUUAAUAUGAACAUUAGUGAAAGGGGCUUUUGUUUUAUUUAAUUUACUUUAUUUAAAUUGCUUGUUUUUAUCCAAGCUAACGUUAGCUUGUUGGCUAAAGGCAUGCAGCAACCUAGCAGCUAGCUGUGGACUACUAGACUUCAAACUGGAAACACGAUAGAAACACAACAAGAGUCAAGUCUCACACUGAAGACCUGGGAAUGUCCUGGACGUCAUGGCCGACGACCCUCAGAGAAACUUCCGCUCUGCUUACUAUGAAAAAGUUGGUUUCAGAGGAGUGGAGGAGAAGAAAUCUCUGGAAAUACUCCUGAAGGACAAUCCUCUGGAUCUAGAAAAGCUGAGCACCUUCAGUCAACGGUUCCCUCUCCCCUCCAUGUAUAGGAUCCAUGUGUGGAAAGUACUGUUGGGCAUCCUGCCUCCCCACAGUGACUCCCAUGCCCUAGUGGGAGGCUACAGGAAGGAGCAGUACCAAGACAUCCUGGAGGCUCUGGAGGUGAUGAGGUACAUCAACUCCUCCACACCUUCCACCCACGUCUACCUGCGCAUGUUUCAGCUGGAGAGCCAGGUCCUCCCACGCUGCUCCGAGACUUCGCCUCCGGAUGAACAGAACGAAGACUUCCUGUCCAUCAGCCGAGCCAUGGAGGAGAUCGUGGACGAUCCCGUGGACUGCUACUGGCUCAUCAAGUGUUUCGUCAAUCAGUUCUACGCCAAGUUUGGAGACUCCAUACCUCACCUUCCAAAGAGCCUGGAGCAUUAUCUGAGUCAGGAGGAACCUCGACUCCUGAACCACCUGAAGAACAAAGGGGCCCUGAGUCAGCUGCCCUACAACCUCUGGUUCAGACGCUGCUUCGCUGGCUGCCUCCCUGAAUCCAGCCUGCAGAGGGUGUGGGACAAGGUGAUCAGCGGCUCCUGUAAGAUCCUGGUGUUUGUGGCUCUGGAGAUCCUGCUCAGCUACAAGAUCGUGUUGAUGGGCAUCAACCGGUCAGAUGGCGUGGUCAAGUUCUUGUGUAACAUACCGCAGGAAAACACGGACGCCAUCGUGACUAAAGCCAUCGACCUGUGGCACAAGUACUGUGGGACCCCGAUGCACGCUGUGUAAACCACCCGGAGACCAGAGGUGAGACGAUGACUUCCCACAAUCCACUGGGAAAUUCACCUUCCAGGGGGCUUUGCCUCUGCAUGACUGAGCUGAGAACUCAUCACCGGCUGCGUCUGAUGAGCCCGAGACUCUGGAGCAACUUUUCAUAAUGACGGACGAUUUGCAGCUUCCUCCCGGGACUGUGACAAACUGUUACGUGUGUUUGGAAGAAGAAGAAGAAGACAAGGAGGCACAAACUUAUUAUUUUUUAAUAAGUUUCUUUCUUUAAGAAACUGCAUACAUCAUAGAAGACUCACAAUAAAUUAAUACCCACAUGCAGUUUUUCUGCUUUACAAAAAAACAUUUGAAAAGCCUCUUCGUUUAUUUACAUCCUCUUAGAAUUCUUUCAAAAUCUUUUUCUUAAACGAACAAGCGUCAGUAAAGUUACUGACUCUUUGUACCACAAGCACGCGCUCUCUCGUACACACAGUCAUUACACAAACACACACAGCUUCUCCCCCAACACAUCUGUCAAUUCACGGACCCACUCUGACCUAUAAACAAUAAAAAAAAACUAAAAGUAAGGUGGCAGGGUUUCCACGUUUUCUGCCGUUUAAAAGCUCGUCUCAGGAAAAUGAAAUGUCCUUCAGCAGAGAGCUCAGCAACAGUUUACUGUGUCUACAGAUAUUAUAUCAAAUAAAGGUAAUUUGGCAACUUUUUAAAUCCCUGUAAACAAAACUGUAGGCACAGUGGCUCGCUGAACCCUCGGCAGCAGUCGCGCUGGGAUGCAUUCAAGGUCGGGACUUCCACAGCUUUGGUUUUUUUUUUUUUUUAAAUGGAAAUCUGGAGAAUGUGUGAGCGCUCUUGAAUGCAGCCCCGUUAACAGACGGACAAAACGAAUGGGGAGAAUCUUGAGUUAUUGCUCAGGUGAUCGACGUGAACGGGGUUUGGAGAUCAGAAUUUUCAUUUCAAGCAUUUUUGGGACUUUGAUCAGGAUUUUUUUUUAGAUUUGGCUUCAGAUUCAGCUGCCUUGUUUUACACACUGAUGGAAAUACUUCAAUUCCUCUGGCAAAGAGGCAAACACGACUGAGCCCCAAGAAUAAUAAUAGUAAUAAAAAAAGAAAGAAAUGGCGCCCCACUCUCAUCUCCCACGUCCCUGGACUUGGCUCAGACUUCCACCUCCGAUAGGCUCGUUUCAAAAACAGAAGUGCUGUAACGUAAAUGUAACACCUCCUCUUCAUCAUUUAAAAAAAAUGACAAUUAAAAGCUUUUGAAUAUCAAGAAGUCCGUAAAGUCUCCGCUGAGGAGACGACAGUCGACUUUAAAUCCAUCUGAAAGGUUGUUUUAUUAUUAUUUUUUUUUUAUCUUCAUUUUUUUUUUCCCGUCCCUCUCGUUUCCUUGAAUGACUCAAACUCACGUGCUGAGGCCGACCCGUCAGCCUGAAGCCGACGCGGUGCAGGUCGUUAGCAGUACGAGGGCAGCAGGUAGCGGUUUGAACACUUGAGGCUUCGGUGGGAAGAUUU